AUGGCCUCCAAGGUUGUACUUAAUAUGAAAGCAUUUUGUGAAGUUUUUACGAUAGUGAUUGGAAGCAAUCUGCCAGAGCGAGCAAGCAUUGUUAGUGUUUCAGUUGCUCUUCUAGCAGCGCAAUCAUUCUACUUCAAGACUGCAUCUUCGCAGCCAUGGAAUGAUGGAGACAUGAUCAUAAAUUUUCCAGACGUGUCAUGUUCGACAUUCGAAAUCUUCAUGGUGUGGCUGAACACGGCUCAUAUCAAAAAUGCGGGCAUCAUUCGUCACAAGUUUAAUCCAAACCACAGGCGACAACCACCACUGGCAGAACAACUUUCCGAAGAAUGGGAUCAACUCGUUGAUUGUUAUCUGAUGGCCGACUACAUACAGGCGCCAAAAUACACGAACUCUAUAAUGAAUGCUCUCAUUGAAAAACUGCAAAAGUUCGAAGAGGUUCCGGUGGAUGACUAUUUCCCCCUUGAACCCUUGUGUAAUUCCUGCAUUAAAACCGUCAAUAUCAUCUGGACCGAGACUGUUACUACAUCACCUCUCAGGAAUUUAAUAUUAGACACUCUCAGUUCAACACAUCACGCUCCUCGGAAUAUGACGGAGGCAUUUUUUCUUGCUUCCCCAGCAACAGAGACACCCGGCGACAAUCCGACGGUGCCAGAUGAUUUUCUCGAAUUAUUAAAGCUUCAUACUCAAGGUCUUGCCCCGUGGGACGCGCCUAAGAGUUCCUACCACAUUGAUGAAAAGCUUCCGCAGCCAAAAUUAAAAUGA